ACGGCGAGUGAACUGGAUGCGCGUCGGUUGUAACCAUAGCAACAUAGACUAAUACUAUUUGCUCGUAUAGUUGCUGUUGCUCGAAUAAAACUAACUCAGGAUAUUUAAUGAGGCCAAAUUUCUAUAGGCCAAAUCAGCUGUCUGCUGCUGGGGGAAAGGUUCCUAAUGGAAGCAGAGGGGAACGCUGAAAAUGUCUGUUAAAAAAUUGAAACAAGAAGAAAAACUGACCCCGAAAUCCAUAGGAACACACAGCAAGGCAUUUCGUGAUCUAAGGAGGCUCCAGUCCCUGCUUGCCAAAAACAGUCCCAGACAAGAGGUGGCAGUAUUGAGUCACAGUAAAGGAUGCAGCAGUGGAACCAGCAGAUCCAUCCCUCCUCAAAAAAACACAAGUAGACACAGGCCUGAGAGUGACAUCAGCAAUGAGGCCUCAGAACUGGACAAAUUCAGCAUAACAUACAGAGACCAAAGAUGCUUCAGCAGCCACCCGUUGCAUGAACUGUUCUCGCACAUCCUUGUGUCUUUGAUCAAGAACCGACUGUGCAGUGAAUGGAUUGAGCAUGCACCUCCUGAGUCAGUCCUUAGAGUUCUCAUCUGCCUGCGAUUAUUGAUCAGAGAUCCCCACUAUCAGAAAAUCCUCCAUGAGCUCCAAGGCAUCAGUUUACUUGCCAGGUAUAUGGAGUCUGUCACUGCUCUGUAUAUGUCGUGUGGGGAGCAGGCGUUUGCCACGCAGAAGCUGGUCACAAUGACCUACAUCUUUCAGAAAUUAUCUGCCACUCAGGAUCAAAGAGUCUGGGUCAUCGAGAGUGGCGCUCACAGGACUAUGGCAAAACUCCUCUCCACAACUGAUAGCAGUGUGCUACUGGGAGCCCUGCUAGCACUCACCACUUUGGCUGAGAGCAUAGAAUUUAAAGAGGAGAUUGGGAAGCUACUGAUAGUGGAGAGCCUCCUUGUAAUACUUCAGGAAUACGACCUCCUGUCAAAGAGAGCAUUAAACAGCUUUGUUCUCAGGCUUAAAACAGUCACAGUGCCAAAAAAUAAGGCACAAAAUCAUUCACACAGUGACAGGCAGUACAUCACCGACCGCUCGUCCAUUGAGGCGCUCUCCAGUGCCAACGCAACCGGUCGCAUCCAGAGAGAGCACAUGAGGGAGGAGCUCAGCCCUCAGGAGGUGGUGGACAACACGAUCGCGCUCCAGUCAGCCUGCUGUACAGCUCUGACUGAGAUGAGUCUAGAUGACACAUCUGCUCACCACAUUGUUCAGGAAAAUGGCAUCUAUAUAAUUGCAAAGUUGAUUAUACCAUGUGACUCUGGACAAACAAUCACUUCUUUACAGUGCUAUGCAUUCCGGGCGCUCCGAUUUCUCUUUAGUGUGGAAAGAAAUAGACAUCUGUUUAAGAGACUCUUUCCCACAGACCUCUUUGAGCUGUUUAUUGAUGUUGGACAUUAUGUGCGGGACCUUGCUGCCUAUGAGGGCCUGCAAACCAAAGUUUCACUCUACACUAAAGAGGAACUGGACAAUCUGAGAGGAGGCAUUGAGACAGUGGACCAGAACCGACCUCCUCUCAGAGUGAUCAGUGGCUACUCUGUAUUAGACCAUCUGGGCACCGGGGCCUUUGGAAGUGUCUUUAAGGUCCAAAAACAGAGCGGCCAGAACAUCCUGGCGUUGAAGGAGGUGAAUCUACACAACCCUGCAUUUGGCAAAGACAAGAAGUCCAGAGACAGUAAUGUGGAGAAAAUCAUCUCAGAGCUCACAAUCAUCAAAGAACAGAUGACACACCCGAACAUUGUUAAAUAUUACAGGACUUUUCUGGAAGGUGACAAGCUGUACAUUGUGAUGGAACUGAUUGAGGGAGUACCACUGGCUGAACAUUUUAACUCUCUGAAGGAGAAACAGCAGCAGUUCACCGAAGAGAGACUUUGGAAUAUAUUCAUACAGAUGUCUCUGGCAUUGAGGUACCUGCAUAAGGAGAAGAGGAUAGUCCAUCGCGACCUGACGCCAAACAACAUCAUGCUAGGGGAGAAAGAUAAAGUCACCAUCACUGACUUUGGCCUAGCUAAGCAGAAGGAGGAGAACAGCAAGCUCACAUCAGUGGUUGGCACCAUCCUUUACUCCUGUCCAGAGAUAGUGAAAAACGAGCCGUAUGGAGAGAAAGCUGACAUCUGGGCUUUAGGUUGCAUCCUCUACCAGAUGGCCACUUUACAGCCUCCAUUCUACAGCAGUAACAUGCUGUCACUGGCCAGCAAGAUUGUGGAGGCCGAUUAUGAGCCAAUUGAAGAAGGUACUUUUUCAGAAAGAGUCAUCGACAUGAUCAAAUGGUGUUUAAAUCCAGAUCCAGAUCUGAGACCGGACAUUAUAGCUGUGAGUUCCAGGAUCUCUGACCUCAUGAUGAAGCUGAUGGAUGGACUCUACACUUCCCAGAAUUCACUGGAAAGAAAAGCAGAGCGAGACAGGAAACGAGCACAGAAGUUUUUCCUAGAAAGAGAUAAAAUUAGGGUGACCUGCUCUUACUCAAACAUGUCACAGGAAACACCCACGAUGGAGACUGAAUAUGCACCUUCAUGCUCCUCUACAGCCUGCAGCUCAAACCACAGCAGAGAGCAGAGACUCGCUCAGGAUGACGGCCCUGAUGAAGAUAUUGAAACAUCCCAAGGCACAGACACUACCACCACCUCUACAGGAAAACAUUACGCUUUAAUCAAAGGCUCAAAGUCAGCUGCCUGUGCUACCCCUGAUCAUAUUUUAGACAGUGGGGAUUUUGCAGCUGCAAAGGUGAAACCAAGACCGGUGUCAGCAGGAAUCUGCGUCUCCCAGAAGAAGCUUCGCCAGAUUGAUGAUCCAAUUCAGAGGCUUCUGGUGCAGCUGCACAAAAUCAUCUUCAUCACUCAACUUCCACCAGCUCCACACCACCACAUUAAACGGCGCCUUGUUGAAAGAUUUAAAAAGUCUCUCUUCCAAUUUGGCAGCGAUCCGUACAACCUGAAAGUGGAGCUCAGCAAGCUCGUCCAGGCGUCUCCAGAGCUGAUGGCAUUUGGUUUAAUCAGUUCAGAUUGGUGGCCUUGGGUCCACCACUUCACGGGAGACAUCCAUACCGCUGACAGCACAGUUGAUGUGAAUCUCAGAGAUGGAGUUACAUAUCACCAGAUGCAGGCGAUCAUUGAGGAACUGCUGAAUGAGAACAGCUACUAUGAACCAACAAACAGCAGGCUCAGAAAGAAAAGAAAUGACCAAGAAAAAAAGUAACAGUUAUCUUCACUCAUCCCUAAAAACUCAAACUUGAAAUUUAUUUGGAGAAGAAUGAGUUCAUGAUACUUCAACACUGCUUGAAAUCUAAUGAACAUUUAUCCCAACCCUCAUUACAAAACAUAUUCUCAUUGAACAGAAAAAGAAUAUAAAAGUGGUAAAUACAUACAUUAAUUUGUUUGCACAUAAACUUGAUUACGGUGAUAUUUUACCACAGUGCUCAUAGUCAUGUUGUCACCUACUCUUUUGUUCUCAGGCAUUAUUGUUGUCUCUUUUUCCCAGAAAUGUGAUGUGACUGUAUGAAUUUCAAAAGAUAUAUUAAUGUAUAUAUAUAUAUAUAUAUAUGAAUAUAUAUACAUAUCUAUAGAUAGAUACGGAUGUAUCUAAGUUUGAGACUGACAGUUAUUCUGUUCUCAGUUCAAAAUCAAAAUUUAAAACUUGUUUAAAAUGCUUUUUUUUUGAAGCACUUUCUACUCUCAGGCCCAGACACUGCAUGUCACAGCAUGUGUUUUUCUAGUGGCUGCAAGCCACAGUGACCUUGUUUGCUUUCUAAGAACUGAUAAGAUGCAGCACAUUGACCUUAAUUCAACAUAUCACAAUUUUUGACUGGAUUUGAAAGAAAAGAAAACCAGGUCAAAUGUUUUGCACUGUAAUAAAAUGCACUCUAUCAGCAUUUUUACUAUAAAGAAGAUCUAAAAUAUGACUGACAGCUGAAGAAAAGCUUUCUUUUGCACUUUGACUCACUGUUAUCUGUAUAAAACUAUUGUAAAAAUGUUUGUAUUAAUAAACAUUAUUUAAUUCA